AUGGACGGUCAAACGUACGGGCGAGGUGGCUCGGGGCCUUACAUACCGCCUACAUCACCAACCCACUACCGCAGCGUGCCCGCCUCGCCCACGGCCAAUCGACUACCACCACCGCCUUCGCCGACGACAACGACAACGGCAACGACACAUGAGCGCGCAGCGACGUCGAGCUACUACGAUCCGACCAGCGAGGCCAGAGCARGCGUCGCAAGCACGCCGUAUCGCUCGCCCGCUCAGUCACGCGCACAAUUUGACCAACAUCCGCCGCCGCAAUCUUACGCAGGCAAUCACAACCACGAUCAUUAUCAAACGAUGAGUCGACAUCACAGCCAGUCCUCGCCGCCCACAUCAACACACGCGCAUCCCAUGCCGCAUCCUCCCGUUGAUGCCAGAUCACCCGGCUCCUACGACCCGGUCAGGAGCAACGGUACACACUCGCAUCCUGCCAGCGCGGACUCUGCUGCAGCCCCACCAGCGCCCGUCCCGCGCAGCACGAACCCAAUGUCGAUGAUGAACAUUCUCUCCGAAGAUGUCGAAGCUCCUGCCGCUUCAUCUCCAGAGCUGGCCAAACUGGAUAAUGCCUCUCGAGCUCCCAAACAGCCUACCAGCCGCAAACCAAGUCGAACUUCCAGUGCUUCCCAGUCUGGAGUUCGUGCGAAGAGUACACCUCAGGACAUUGCAGACAAUUCUGUUGGCACUGCUCCAGCUGCGCAGGCAGUGACGCCACGACCAACACCGCAGACCGGACCGCCGAGCUUGACAAUCCGUGAUACCGAAGCUGCCUACAGGGAGAUUGAGGCUCGUGAUUUGUCUGACGUGGAGAUUGACAUGCCUGGGAUUGAAGCUCCUAGAGUGGAUUUCAAGCAGAGGACACACAAGCGCGCUCUGGAGAGUGAGAUUGCCGAAUCCGCGAAGAGGARGCGUCGGCGCCUCAAUCUCAUGCAAAAGUACCAUGACCAUUUCAGUCUCGCGGCAGAGUCUGAACGGAACCUCUACAUUGAUCAGAAUGAGCCAGAAGUUACAGAAGAAGUGCGGCUGAAGGAGGUCGAGGAAGAUAAAGAGAGGAAGAAGGACCAGCAACGGAAGAGACGUMGCGAAAAGGCCAUUGCAGACGAAGAACAGAAACGUGACGAGGCGCUGAGAACAUUGGCCUCGGCUCAAGACGAAGAAGAAAAGGCCCGCCUCGAGGGUCUCAUCCAGCGCCACGACAAGAAGAUCCGCGACACGCAAAGUCGCCUUCAAGGUAUCACACCAUCCAAGGAGUUCCGUAACGAGUCUCCCCAAACUGGUACAGCACUCGGGAGGCGCGAGCGUGAACGAGAGGUCAACAUGGAUGGAGGCCUCAUGACCUCUUUUUAUUCCGGCAAUCAGGGCAACGAAGAGGGGACUCCAGAGUUCUCAGCUGGCGGGAGAGGACGCGGUCGCGGCGCGCGUGGCGGAGGUGGGGCUCGGGCGCGGAAGAGCAAGGAGCAAAAGCAGGCAGAGAAGGAUUCUGCACGACUCGCCCAGGCCUAUCUCGACCAGGGUCAGGAUCUCCCUUCGAUCGCACCCAAAGAAGAGGAACGUCUGGCCGCCUACGCAGAUCGAAAAUUGCGAGACGACUCGGAGCCUUACAGCGAGGUUACUCCCGCCGUUUUCGACACGCAGCCUACAGCGGGUUUGACUGGAAUGGCCAAGUUUGAGUCCAAGGGAUACAACCAGAUCUACGAGCAAAUCACGCGGGACUUGGCCAAGGGCGUGCCCAAGGUGGUCCGGCUCAAGAACAACAGUAUUGACACCAAACAUUCCAAUGCCCGUAAGACCGCACAGCUGGCGGCUAAAGAGGCUCGUCGUUGGCAAUUGCGCACCAACAAGAGCACCAAGGAUGUCGCUGCUCGCGCGAAACGUGCGAUGCGAGAAAUGCUGGGAUUCUGGAAGCGCAACGAGCGGGACGAGCGUGAGGGCCGCAAGGUGGCAGAGAAACAAGAGCUCGACAAGGCUCGUAAGGUUGAGGCCGAGCGUGAGGCCAAUCGACAGAAGCGGAAGUUGAACUUUUUGAUCUCUCAAACAGAGCUCUACUCGCAUUUCAUCGGCAAGAAGGUCAAGACCGACGAGAUUGAAAAGGCGGGUGAUGAUGUUGCGCCCAGUGGCCAAACCAUAUCCAGCAACGAGCCCGACGCCGGCGAGUCUUCCGCCAACAUCAACGCCAAGGUCACAAACUUUGAAGACCUGGACUUUGACGCUGAAGAUGAGACGGCGCUUCAUGAAGCGGCCAAGGCCAAUGCCCAAAACGCUAUCAAGGAGGCGCAAGAUCGCGCAAGAGCUUUCAACAAACCCGAGCAGGACAGCAACGAACUUGCAGAUGCUCAGGCAAAUUUCGACGAGGGCGAGAUGAAUUUCCAGAAUCCUACCUCAUUGCAGAGCAUGGACGUCAAGCAACCCAAAAUGCUCACUUGUCAACUCAAAGAGUAUCAAAUCAAGGGUCUCAACUGGCUUGUCAAUCUUUACGAGCAAGGUAUCAACGGCAUUCUCGCCGACGAGAUGGGCCUCGGAAAGACUGUCCAGUCCAUCUCCGUCAUGGCAUAUUUGGCAGAGGUACACAACAUCUGGGGACCGUUCUUGGUGAUUGCACCGGCGAGUACGUUGCACAAUUGGCAGCAGGAAAUCGCCAGGUUCGUACCCAACAUCAAAGUCCUGCCAUAUUGGGGUUCCGCCAAAGAUCGCAAGGUUCUGCGCAAGUUCUGGGAUCGAAAGCACAUCACAUACACCCGUGACAGCCCCUUUCACGUCUUGGUCACAUCCUACCAGCUGGUCGUGCAGGACACCGCAUACUUCCAAAAAGUCAAAUGGCAGUACAUGAUUCUGGACGAGGCUCAAGCCAUCAAGUCUUCGUCUUCGUCUCGUUGGAAAUCGCUUUUGGGCUUUCACUGCAGGAACCGCUUGUUACUUACUGGAACGCCGAUCCAGAACAACAUGCAGGAAUUGUGGGCCUUGCUCCAUUUCAUCAUGCCAUCGCUUUUUGAUAGUCAUGACGAAUUUUCGGAGUGGUUUUCAAAGGACAUUGAGAAUCAUGCGCAGUCCAAUACCAAACUCAAUGAGGAUCAGUUGAGGCGUCUGCACAUGAUUCUGAAGCCUUUCAUGUUGCGGCGUAUCAAGAAGCACGUCCAGAAAGAACUUGGAGACAAGAUCGAAAAGGACGUGUACUGCGAUCUCACAUACCGACAGCGGGCCUACUACACCAAUCUUCGCAACAAGAUCAGCAUCAUGGAUCUCAUCGAGAAAGCAGCGGUGGGCGACGACCAGGAUACCGCCACUUUGAUGAACUUGGUCAUGCAGUUCAGGAAAGUCUGCAAUCAUCCAGACCUAUUUGAGAGAGCCGACACGUGGAGUCCAAUGUCCAUGUCAUACUAUGCGGAAACGGCUUCUUUCAUGCGUGAAGGGCACAACGUCAAUGUUGCCUACAGCGUGCGCAACUUGAUAGAGUUUUGGAUUCCCAGCAUGCUUGGCGAAGGCCCAGGUAGGCUUGAUGUCGUCGGCCCAAACAAUGCGCAGGCCGGCUGGCGCAGCAAAUGGCUUCACAACGACCUCAGCAUCUGGAAUGAGCAGCACAUUACCAGCAGUCAGGAUUCAAAGCAGUCAUCGGGAGGCUUUUCAUGGCUGCGAUUCGUCGAUUGCUCCGCGAGCGAGGUAGCYCUCACAGCGCGCCAGAGCCUGAUCGAGCGGGUCACAGAUCUUGCAAAGAGAGACGAUGGCGCUGGCAAAUUCAAGGUCGCAUAUGAUGAUGAUGAGGAGGAGAAGGAAAACUCUGGCUUCACUCCCGUCCACGCCAUGCUCAACAUCGUCGGCCGCAACGAUCGACGGCCUCUAGCUGAGGUCACCAACGAAGGCUACCUGAGCAAGUUGUACAACAUCUCAAGAGAUGCCAUGAAGAAGACUGGAUACGGUGUCAUCGAAGCGGCAUAUCUGCCACCUGCCACCGCCCCGCCCGUUGAGCUCGUGUGUCGGAGUAAUCACAGCCUGGUCGAGCAGGAGACUUCUUUCUUCAAUGUCCCAGUGCGCCGUGCACUGUAUCCCAUCAACAUACCCACAGAGCAGGCACUGUUGCAGUCGAAGCUGUCACCAUCGCAUUAUCCAGUAACAAAUCUGCUCCCUCCCCCUGCCUCUGAAAAGCAGAAGUUUACCAGCAUUGAGGUCCCCAGCAUGCGGCGCUUCGUCACAGACUCCGGCAAAUUGGCGAAGCUCGAUCAGCUGCUCCGUCAACUCAAAGAAGGCGGUCAUCGGGUGCUACUGUACUUCCAGAUGACGCGUAUGAUCGAUUUGAUGGAGGAGUACCUGACGUAUCGCAACUACAAAUACUGUCGUCUCGACGGCUCCACCAAGCUCGAGGAUCGAAGAGACACUGUCGCUGCUUUCCAAAGCACGCCGGAGAUUUUUGUAUUCUUGCUCUCCACUCGCGCCGGUGGUUUGGGUAUCAAUCUGACCUCCGCCGAUACUGUCAUCUUCUACGACUCCGACUGGAAUCCAACGAUUGAUUCUCAAGCCAUGGAUCGUGCACAUCGUCUCGGUCAAACCAGACAGGUCACGGUUUAUCGACUCAUCACCCGCGGCACCAUCGAGGAGCGUAUUCGCAAGCGAGCGUUACAGAAGGAAGAGGUGCAGCGCGUCGUCAUUUCUGGCCAAGCAGGAAACAGCACCGUCGACUUUAACAAUCGCAGAGGCGAGGGCAAUCGUACCAAGGAAAUGGCCAUGUGGCUGGCGGACGACGACCAAGUCGAGGCCAUUGAGCGUCGCGAGGCCGAAGUUCUCGAGGAGGAAGCCAAGCAAGGCAAGGGUCGGAAGCGCAAGGCGGCUGCUGCUGCCAAACGCAAGGAGAUGAGUAUGGACGACAUGUACCAUGAAGGCGAGGGCAAAUUCGAAGACAACGCGUCACACGAGCCUUCAGGUGCUGCGACGCCCAUUGAUGCAGAAUCCGGUCCACCGAACAAGAAGCGGAAGGGAAUGAGCAAAAAGGCGAAGACGCAAGCUCAACGAUUGGCCGUUAUUGAUGGCGAGGUUGGGUGA